UUAUCUUCAAAAGUUUUUUGUGUGGGAUCGGAAGUUAAAUGAUCCGACGCCUAUUCAAUUGUAAACAUCCAGUAAUAAAAUUCAAGGUUUCGCAUGGUGCCUACCCAGAGACAGAGUACUACAGAUGGCGGCUCCGAUAUGGAGCUUUCAAGUGGAAGUGAUGGAGAUCGUUCUGAGAUCAAUAUUCAGACAUCCAACAAUCUUGAAGGUGAUCAAAUGCAACGUGGUGUCGACUUUAUCGGCUUUGAAUCAAGUGAGGAAAGUGAGGACGAGAACAAAGCGGGAGUGUCCGUUUUUGAUUUUAUCCCGCGAUCCAAGGAUAGUGGCAGCAACCCAACAGACUCAUUACCUCAUGGAAAGAAGCGCACGCGAAGUGAAGCCUCGAGCGACGAUGAAGGGCCUAGUAUGGGACCACCUCCAGGUUGUCCCUGGAUGGGUCAUCGAAAAUAUUCGAAAAUGUCUUCGGUGCCAAUGAUGUUGACACAGGAGCUGAAGGACUUUGUGGAAUACAUCAGUCCUACCCGAGAAGAACACCAAGUUAGAAAAUAUGUGUACCUAAUCAUUCAACAGACAGUCAAGCGUCUAUGGAAAGAUGUAGAAGUGGUGGUAUUCGGGAGCUAUGAGACAAGGCUAUAUCUUCCGUCUAGCGAUAUGGAUAUUGUCCUGCUACGGGACCAAGAUUUUCAGAAAAAUGACUUUUAUAAAUUGGCGAGCUAUUUACGGAGUAAUGGUGUUGCAACAGAUAUCUCAGUGAUUGCCAAAGCGAGAGUACCUAUUAUCAAAUUCAAAGAGUCUAUAAGUGGGAUUGCUGUUGAUGUCUCGUUCAAUGCAGUCAGCGGCAUUGAUAGUGCCAAAGCCAUAACGGUAUUCUUAGAGGAAAUACCUGUAUUACGGCCUCUAACUAUGCUGAUUAAGCAUUUUUUAAUGAUCAAGAACUUCAAUGAGGUCUUCACAGGAGGUCUGGGUUCAUAUACGACGGUUAUCAUGAUUAUAAGCUUUUUACAAAUGCACCCCCAGAUUCAGGCAAGGAAGAUGAAUCCAGAAGAGAAUUUGGGGGUACUUCUCAUAGAGUUUUUUGAACUCUAUGGCCAGUGCUUCAAUUACGCACAAGUUGGCCUCUCAGUAAGGGAAGGUGGAUCCUAUUUCGAAAAACCGCCACCCAUCAAUGGACGUAUGGCAUACGGUCGUGGCGGCCCAGAAUUGCUGCUGUCCUGCAUUGAUCCCAAUGAUCCAUCUAAUGACACAGCCAAGAGCUCAUAUCAGCUGAGAAAGAUCAGGGAACUUUUUGUGGGUGCAUUUGCUAGCUUAACUAAUGCCGUACAACGUCGAAACCGUGAGCUCUUUAUGGACCGCGAUGACCAUAAGAAAAGCGGACGAUCGACGCAUGUGCGGUUUGAUGAGCACAAUCGGGUUGCAGCUGAUUCUUUAGAGAAAUCAUCGGGCCUUCAUCAUAGUAAAGAGGUGUCACUCAUCAAAGAUGUCUUUACGAUACCGAAAAGCGUACUUUUACAUCGUCGACAUAUAGAGGAUGUUUUCUAUCGCGGCGAGUUUCAGAAGCUAUUUAAUGACCCUCCAGGCAUACAGGGACUGGAUAAAAUGGAGGAAGAAGAGAGGCUGUUGGAUCAAGGCGGGAUGGAUGUAGAGGGAAUUAUGGAGACUGAGGAGCGUAUAUUGUUCAAAGGACAAGGAGAAAAAUUCGCAGUAGAAGAUAUGGAGUGCGCUAUCUUUUUAGAAGCAAAACCCAUCAAGCAGGACAAGCCGAACAUGUCAGUCCGGCAGAUACUUAGUGAGCCUUUGGAACAAUUCAAGAAGUUGUCGACCAACGACAAGUACGAGGUGGAGAAGUUUAUUGGAUUGAAACAUGAGCUUAUGCACCGAAUCGCUCGCAAGAUGAUUGACGAGACUGAGAAAAAGGAGAAUAGAGAAUUGAGUCUUUCAGAACGAGAAGAGAUAUUCAAAAAGGCUCGGCAAUCAUUAAAUUCUCGUUUGGAGGCAGCAGAUCUGAAAAAGGGUCGGUUUUUGGAGAAAAUCAGGUCUGACAGGGCGCAAAUCAUCCAAGCAGUCAGUCAAUACUCGCGAAUCCCUCUUAGCACUACGGCUCUAACUCCUGUCAAGACUGCUUCCACCAUCCAUACAAGGAGCAACAACGAACGGAGAGGAGAAAGUAUGAAUGAUGCCAUGAGAGACAUUGAAUAUGUAUCUUCAGAAGAUUCCGAUGAUGAAGGGGAAGCAGGGCAGUACUUUGACAACUUGAUGAAAGAAGGCGCAAAAGAAUAUGGGCAUAAUGAUGGCGAUGAUGAGCAUAGCAUUGAAGACACUCGAAGUGACCAUUCCUCUAUUGAUGUAGCGGGACACCGGAAUCCUGCUAAUGUCAACGCAUCUGCAGAUUCUAUCCAACUUCCACAACUUGUUUCAGUACCAAAACCAGCGCAGCACAAUAACAACAGCCCCCGGAGUGAGCAACUUGCCAAGAGCAAAUCAAAAAACUUUAUAAUCUGAUUUUUUCUAUGCUUUGAUUAUACGCUAUUGUAAUUGACGAUUUGAGAUAAAAUAGAAUGAAGCCAUCAGCGUACGAAAGUAUUGACUAUAUUGCUUGAGAGAGAUCGUGAGCCGCUGACCGUACUUGAAAUGUAGCCCCGUAGUCCAGAGUUUUACAAGCAUACAUCAGUUUUAAUUCUUGCAUAUUUCUUUCUUUGAGAAUUUCAAAGUGGGGACACAAACAAUCAUUGGGAUCUGGCACAUUGAGACAGAUACAGAAUGUCGCACGGCUGGAUCUUUUUCCUUUGAUAACCAUUCCUCCUAUUCUAGAUACUAAUGGGCUGUGGUCCUCUCAAAGACAAGGGAUCCCUGGGC